AUGUCCACCAGCGUUUCACGGCUCACCGAACGCAUCUUCAUGGGGUUCGUUUCUCACUUUUUCACUGUCUUCUUGCUGAUGCCGUGCCGUUUGCAGUUAUGCUCAUUUGGUCAUCGGCCACCCGGUCGUAGUCAUCGUCUCCACUCUCCUUUUCUCGGUUUCCCUCGCCGCGUGGUCGUUAUACUUCAAUUUUUCCGUCGUCGAUUUGGAUCCGACAAAAGUGAGUGAUGCGUGUUUUGUCGCACGUCACGUCUCUUUCAGGGAUUCGAAACGAGAGGUACCCCGCUUUCCGCUUCCAGAUUGACUUUAGAUGCGAUGAAGCCGCACCAGGCGAGCAAUGAACACAUUCUCAGAUGGUAUUUCGAGUGAGCGAGCAACAGUCGAACACUUUUGGCAGUGCAAAAUUGAAUAUUCCAGACAGGAUAUGACCCGGAAGCGGCGGAAUGUUCAGAAUAUGACGACGAGCACGUUGGAACCGAUCACAGUGUGCUACGAUGAUUACGGUGUGGAUUCCGAGCCGAACGCUUCGGAUUUAGAGGAUUCGUGUGAAAUGUACGCGGCGAUCGGAAAAUCGAUACCGUACGAUGUGAUAGAGUAUCUGGGAAAGAUCAUGGUCAGAGUGUCGAGUUAUGAGCAUGUGCGUGAAGUCGAACAUCAACACCGUACGCCGAUUUUCUUUUAGUUGUUCACAGUUGACGUCAUGAAACAUUUGUGCCACGUGGACUCGAUAAUCGACGAUUUGACGAGUGAAUUCAACUUUACCAACUCGGCCAAAGCGCUGAAACACUCGCUGAACAUUGCUCUCUACACAACUUGCCCCAAUAUCAGCACGGAGAACUCGUGUGAUGCUAUCAAUCAGGAAGAGUGAGUCUAGAAACAAUUCCUAGAAUUACCUUUUCAUUACAGUGUAUCCAACUUUCAAAGUCUGUUGAAGAAGUGCAAAAAUGACUCGGGAAUGGAGAUUUGCUCGGCUUUCUCGAUAAAUCAGGUCAACAACUGGCUUCUCCCGCACGAUUCGAAUGGCGAUCCGAUUGUGACCAUCAUUUUGAGAGUGAGUUUGAACAUUCGAACAAGGAUUAGCAGUGUCUAGUAGAUCACAAUGUGGAACGGAGUGGACAACCGAAACAUGUAUGACAAGUUGAUCGAAAAAGUCAAGAAUCAUCUGGAGCGAAAUAGGCAUACUCGAUUGGCGGGGGUGUCUUUGAACAUGAAGAACACCAUAUUCCAGGAGAGAAUACGUUCGGACUCUAUGAUUUCGGGAAUAUCAGGUUGGCCGGACCAGUUAAGACUCUUCUUCCAAAUCAUCUUUUCCAGCUCUUUUCGUCUUCUUCUGUUUUCUGGCCUACUCCAGAAGCAUCGUCUUCACCACCGUCAUUUUGAUGAUUGUUGCUCUGUCCGCUGGAGUCGCUUUCUUCAUUUAUACAGUAUCUAGUAGCCAACUGUUUCAGAUUAUCAAUAUAAUUAUUUACAGACAAUACUCGGCAUCGACUUUUUCCCGUUCAUCAACCUUCUCGUCGUAGUCAUUCUCAUUUCCAUCGGAGCCGAUGACGCCUUUUUGCUUCUCGUCUAUUUCAGAACUGAAGUUGAGGUGACUAAAAGAGCGAAAAAAAACAAGGAUCUUACAUUCUUAUAAUAGAAAAUGUCCAAUUUGGAGUACAAGAUCGGCUCGAUCUACGUGCCCCUCUACCGUGAAUCCGAUCUCCUGUCUCGAAGUCUGCGUCUCUCCCUCCAUCACUCUCUCGCCUCAAUGUUCGUCACUUCACUCACCACUGCCACCACGUUUCUCACGAAUCUCACAAGUCCGGUCAUUGUGUUACGGUACUUGAGCCUGCCUUUUUUUCCAAUCCAAUUCUUUGUUCAGAUGCUUUGGAAUCUAUGCAGCGACUACUGUAGUUGUCAACUACAUCCUCGUCGUUCUCAUUCUUCCCGGAGCCAUAAUUCUGACGCGUCCGAUCAGAAGAAAGCUCACGCAAGUUCCUGAGAUUGAGGAAGUCAUUGAGAAGUCGAACAUUUCCGAGAAACUGACUCAUUUCACCUCCUACUUCCGUUUCGUCAUAGUUUUGAUGAGUCUGAUCCUCGCCGGUUUGUCUAUUUCCAUCAUUUUCAACGAUCCCGGAUUGACGAUUCCGCGGACCAAUCCAACAAAAGUGCGCAGAAAAUGAUGACGGAAUCACAUGUUCACUUUGGUUUUUUUGCAGCUUUUCGUUGAUUCAAACAUCCACGAAUACUUUGAUAAUCACGUGCAUCGGUUCAACUUUCAAUGGCACAGAUCCGCCCGAUUUGUGAAGAAUUUCAUUUUCGGAGUCGACGCCAUCAGGUGACACACAGAUUUCAUACAAGAGGACAAUGAGCAAGAAAUCAUUCAGAGAGCACUCCGCAAUGAGUCCGUACAGUCGGCCAGGGCUCAACUUUUCUGGAGUCAACUUCAUUUUGACACACGAGAAAUUGGAUUUGUAUCGACGGAUCGUCAACUUUGAGUCGAGCAAGUACCAACUGGCAAACUAUUCGCACAUCUCUUGGGCGGACAAGGUUCUGCAAGCAAACGAGUCCUGUCUUUCCGAGAACGAGACAAUCUCGAACCAAUGCAUUUUGAGCGUAUCUGUUCGGAACAGAAAUCUGAUUCAUCAGUUUCCGGAUGAUUUUGCUGUAAUCCCGGGCGAUGGUCCUUUUGUAGAUCAGGAUCUCAAAGUUGUCGGGUGGGUAUUUCUAAGAUCCACUCGAAAGAAAAUGCGUUUGAUGCUUCAUUCAGGUACUUCAUUUCCAUUCCGACUAACCAAAAACUCGCCCUUGAUGCUUUGACUACAGCGAACAUUUUCGAUGAAAUCAAAGAAUCUUGUGAAUUGAUUCAACGACAAACGGAAGAUCCGGUACUCUGUCUGUCUUCCACGGAAAUCACAAGGUUCUACGAUAUCAUUUCACAGUUACGGUGCGGCUAGAGGUCGAGUUACCUGUGAAACAGAUGCUACUUCCAGAUCUUCGAGUUUCACCUCAGUCGCCAUCUCCAUAGUCAUUUGCCUUCUGGUUAUCAUUGCCUGUACACGAGUCAUCACACUCUCUUUAUACUCCUCACUUGUCAUCCUCUUUGUCAUUCUUUGGACAGUAGCGGCUCUUAUUCUUCUAGGUUCGCAUCUUUCAGAUUACCUUUUUAGUGUCUCUUUUCAGGCUGGAAGCUGUCGGUGGUCGAGUCCACAAUUCUGAUCAUCACGAUCGGACUCAGCUUCGAUUACACCCUUCACUACGUGGUUGCCAUCAAAGACACAAAGUUCGUGUCUUGCCCCGAAAAAGUGGUGUCUGCGCACUCGACUGCCGGAAUCGCCUGUCUCUUCGGCGCCGUCACCCUUUUGCUGGCCGGCCUUCCGCUUCUCUUCACACAAACCGCUUCGUUCUAUCAGGUGUGUGCUCCCCCUUCCUUAUCAUAUCUUAUUCAUGCUUUCAGAUAGGCACAAUGCUCGUGGUUCUCGGAAUAACAUCGCUCUUCGGCGCUUCCAUCGUGCUGCCCUCUUUCGUCAUGACAUUCUCGUGCGGCGGCGGCGGCGGUGCGAGCAGGCAAUCAACAAAGUUAUAA